GUAGUGCGCCAUUUCGUUGCGUGCCAACCGCCAAUAAAAUCCCACAAAGAAGAAGAAUGGCAGCUGCCACAAUGAAAGGACCCGUAGGGGUGGAAGACGUGGUCGUCACUUUUGAAGAUCAACAGAAGAUCAAUAAAUUCGCCAGAAACACAAAUCGGAUGGUGGAGCUGAAAAAUGAAAUAGAGACAAAGAAGAAAGCUCUGCAGAACCUGCAGGACGCCAGCGAUGAUCUCAUGAUGCUGGAUGAUGAGUCCUUGUUCAUCCCUUACCAGAUUGGGGGGGUCUUCAUCGGUCACUCCCAGGAAGAAACUCAGGAAAUGCUAGAAGCUGCAAAGGAAGCCUUGGAGCAGGAGGUCAAAGGUCUGGAUGAACGAGUGUCAGAGAUCCAGCAGGUGUUGGGGGACCUGAAGGUGCAGCUUUAUGCAAAGUUUGGAAACAACAUCAACCUGGAAGCAGACGAGAGCUAAACAGCCAAACAGGAUCGGACUUUUUAUUUUUCCAAAAUGUGGACUUUUACAUUUCCUUGAUGCCAACACAGCCUGAACACGGAUGUUUUUACGUUUGUUGGUUCUGGUUUCUGUUUACACUGGUGCAUAAGUCUGUGCUUUGAUUUGGAAAGCAAACUCGCAAGGAAAGCAUCUGUAAAGAUUUGGUUAUUAAAUUAAUGAAUGCAGAUAAAAUCACUGGUGUGUUUAAAGUUGUUGGCAGUUUUACUGUGUCCUAACGAGAACUGAAAUAAUCUAAAGCUUGGCUUUUGUAUCCAACAGGAACAAAAACAAUAAAUGUGAUCCAUUGGUUUCAUAUCACCAAACUACAGUGAAUGUCAGAGAGUGGAUCUAACUUCUAAAUGA